AAACCCACCUUUAAUUCUAUUCUAUUAGCUCAAUACUCGGUAUCAGCUCGUCACUCGACGUGUAAUCUGUAAAUCCCGGACAUGAUUACGAACUACGAUUAGAAAGAUUAGAGUAUUACUCUAUGGUUAGUAGUUUGAAAAUACCAAGUUUAUGAUAUUAUUAUGAAAAUGCGCUAACGUUUUGUAAUUCAGCUACCGGUACUCAGCUAUUAUUUUUUCGUUCCGGACCCGUUUUAUUAUUUACCGUUUAAAUUGUAAAUAAAUAUACACAAAACAUUCAAUAUUCUAUACAUUAAACUGUUUGAACAAUGUGGUCUGAUACAUUUCUUAUCGUAUUCAUUUCGAUAUGUACAGCUUUAUUAGGAGAAGGUAAAUUAUUAUUGUUCCAUCUAAUAUAAAGGUUUCUUUUUUUUGAGGAUACCGCUGUACAUUUUUGCAAAUAGCAUGUAAAUCCUUAUAGUGACGCCGUACCCUACAUUUAUGUGUUGCGGCUGUAACACAUAUUUUAGGUGUGUGGUGGUAUCUAUAGGUAAGCUAGUAUUAAUGGCUUAUUUUAAAUGAUUGAUUCGAAGAUAAUAAUUAUUAUCCUUGUUAUUGUUGAUAUGAUUAUUUUAGUGUAGUACUACUCAAGAGUAUUUAAAAUAUUUAAAAAUAAUAUCCAAUUUUCAUAGUCAAUAUUAAAAUUAAAACCCACAUGUAGUUUCAGUCCAACUAACACAUAAUAAAGCAAAAUCUACCCUAUGCAGACUGCAUAGGACUCAAUUAGUUAUGGUUUUAGAAUAAAAGUAUCUAUUAUAAAAUUUAAAAAUGACGUUAUUCCAUAGGGCAGAACGUGUUUUUUAAAUUUAAUUUUGUGAAAUGUUAUUGUUUAAAAAAACGAAGUAGUCUUUAGUUCUUAACAGUGUUUUGAAUUUUAUUUUCAGAAUAAUAAUUUUAAUAAUAUGAAAAGCAUAUAAUCUUGUAAUCCAUAAUAUUGUGCUUUUUUAAUUUUAUAAUAGGUGAUUUUACUUUAAAACCAUAAUUAAGCGAGUUCUACAUAGUGUGCAUAAGGUAGAUUUUGCUAUCUAGCCCAUUAGUUGAACUGAGACAACAAAUGCGAGUAUAACAUCCUCUUAAUUAAUUAUUAGAUAAAACGUAUAUCAUGUGGAAACAUUGGAAACGCUAAUUAAAAACACUAUAUCCUUGUAAAGAGACAAACAAUUAAACAAUUUUUUUUUAUUUGGUUAUACUUAGUAGUACAUAUUUUCACACCCACAACAUUUUUUCUUAAACAUCAAUUUUUUCAACUUAUUUAAUAUUUUUAGAUAUGAGUCAUUAAGUAAUGUUUAUCUUAAUAACAGUAAAUUUAAAAUACUUAUUUAAUAAAAUAUGAUAAAUUGUAGGGAAUAAUGAAACCCAAGUUAUUUACAUCCCUUUUACAAUUAUUUUAGUAAGUAUUGUGAAAAAUAGUAUGAAAUUGGUAUAUCAUGCAUAUUGAAUAAAUUUAAAUUGCUGUAUUUCAAUUAAUUUUGGACUUAUUAAAGUGAUUAAAAUGGGGCAUUACCAUUUAAGAAAAAAAGUUGUACAGCCUAUGUCUAAUAAGCAGUAAAUGUAUUAAGUGCGUGAAAAUUGGAACUACUAAGUUUAAGAACCAACUAACCCCUCCACUCCCACUAGGCAACUUCGCACGUGGAUCACUGUUGUAAGUGAGAAGUUAGGAAGGUAGUAGAGGGAAAAUUGAAUGUAUAUCUGUAAGCAACAAUAAACCAUUGCUAAUUAAAAACCAAUUGUGAGUAGAGUUCAGUUGAUAAUGUUGCUUUGUCAACAAUAUGUAUGUCAUUUAGUAAAAUAAUUACAUAGGCGUUAUAUAUUUUGUUUAAUAUCAUACCUAUUUUCCUGGGUUACAUAUACGUAAAUUGUUAGAGAAGCUCGUGGAAAUCCUGUUUACCAAUUAGCUCUAAUUUCAACAAGAUAACAAUUUCAUUAGUUAGUAAAAAGUAUUUUAUGUUUUAUUCAUAUUAUUUUAUUUUAUCAGCUUAUUUUCUUUAGGAUACUAAGAUUUGAAUUUUUAAUUCAUAAUAUUUUUAUAUAUUUAGGUAUCUAUGUAAUAACUAUUUAAAUUUUUUAGAAAUGAUCAAUUAAUUCUAUUAUAAAUUGUUUUUUUUUAAGUUAUAACACACAAUGAAAACAAAGUAUUGUGAUUUAUACUUACAAGAUAGAUUGUGAGCCAUAAGUGCAAAAAAAAUUAUGUAUGAAUGUCAUGUGUAUUUCAAAUUUUGUAAUUUAUUUUAAUCUAAUGAGUAUUCUUUAUGUUUAAAUUUUUAUAUAGUAUAUGAAAUAAUGUAUUUAUAAUUAUGAAACAAUAUUUUAUUCUGAAAUAAUAAUUUGGUAUUAAAUUUUAUAUUUAUCUAACCUACUUACCUAAAAAUAUAUUUCUUCCAUAUAUGUUAUAUAUUUUGAUCUAAUAUGAAUGGUAUUUUAAUAAAACAAAACACUUUAAUUUUCACAAACUAAAACAUUUAAAAAUCAUAGCUGAUAACUUAUAUUAGAAUUGUUAUUUUAUCGGGAUUAAAGCCAAUCAGUGAACAAAAUUUUCAUAAGGUUUUCUAACAAUGUACGGUUUGUUUAUAUGCUACCAGGUUUCCCAUGUUUUUUCCCAUUUAUUUGAAAUUCCUGGGAAACUCAAAAUAUGACCUCCAUAAUCAUAUUUCCUAGAAAAAAAAGGCUAUAAUAUUUUUUUCAACUAAUACCUACAUUUUGUACAUUUUUUCAUUUUUUCCUAUUUCUUGGAAAAAUUUAAAAUGUGUGGCUCUGUAAAAGGAUAUAUAGUGUUUUUUUUUCAUUUAGCAGUUCCACAUGAUGUAUAAAAAUACAUUAUGUUGUUAUUAUUUUAUGUUUUUAGUUGUUAAAAUUCUGUAAUUUUUUAAUUUCCUAUUAUGACAUUAUCUUCAAUAUAAAACUACAUCCAUGGGCCAUAUACAACUGAUAAUCAUAAUCUCUCAAAUAAUUUAAAAGUUAUGUUUUUUUAAAAUGUUCUAUUCAUUACUAUUAUAUAUGAAAAUUAUAAGUGUAGUAAAUUAAUACAACUUAAGUCCUCUAGUUUGGCAGUUAGUCAGUAUUUAUGUUCUAUUUUAUUUAUGUGCAAUCAUUUAUUAAAUUAUACAAUCAUACAAUUAGUAUUUAGGGAGGGGGAUGAACCACUAUUUUAUAUAUGUAGACUAAAUAGUGUGCAGUACAACAUUUUUUAUAUUUUGGGUACUACAUAUGCAUAUAAAAUAUUAGAUAUUAUUAGAUAUAAAUAUUAGGUUUUUGUUGUUCUUUUGUUAUUAAUCAUAUAAAUACACCAGGAAAAAAUGUUAUUUAUUGAUUAGAACAUAUUUAUAAAAUUAUCUUUAGUAGAUAGGCAAAUGAUACUAAUUUAAUGAGGUAAUUGUUAAAAUUAAAUUAUUUUCAGGAUUAACAUGGUUAUUGGUGUAUAGAACAGAAAAAUACCAAAAGCUAAAGGUAGAAAUUGAAAAAUCUAGUAAAAAACGUAAGUUUUACAAUUUUCAUAAACAUUUAUAAAAUAAAUAUACUGUGUGUUCAUGCUAAGAGGUACCACUAAAUAUUUCAGUUGGUGGCGUAGUAUUGAAUGGAAUUUUCGGAGAAUGAUAGGGAAUACCCAAAUAAGGAUUCUGACAAGAAUAUUUUUUUUAAAACAAUUUUUGUAUAAAAAGUAUUUUUCUAAUUUCAAAAUUGGCAAAGUUGUAGUAUGUUAAUAUUUACAAAUAAUCUGUUAUUGACUAAAUUUUAACUAUGUUCAACUUGUACUAGAAAAUUUAAAUGAUGUCUGCGAUAUUUUGAAAUGCCUGUUUGUAGAUAGAUAUAAAACACAAAUAAACACUUCUUUGUUUUCGUAAUUUACUCUUAUUUUAGAUUCCCAGCGUAGCUAUACAUUAUACUAAAAUGUUUUUAUUUUCCUCUUGACUGUGAACAAUUUUUUACGUGUAGCAACUUUUCUAAAAGCUCAAGUUAUCUAGAUGGUCAUUUCUUAAUACGAAUUUUUUUUCAUAAUAUCAUAGAUAUCAUUUGGAUAUUCUAGUAUAAGUUGUACAUAAUUUCAUCAAUUACAGAUUAUUCAUACAUAUUACAUUUCAAUAUACUAUAACUUUGCAAAUUUUUUUAUAAAAAUUGUUUUAAAAAAAAUACUCUAUCUGAAUCAGUAGAACAAAAAUAGUAUUGACAUUUAAAAAGAAGUGAGUUUUAUUUCGCAUGCACGUUAAAAAAAUUGUAUUUGGGUUCUCCCUAUCAAUCUCCGAAAAUCCAUUUCAAUACUAGCUCUGGGUUGCAUGAAACUAUACAGAACCGAUAACGCGUUAUCAUUAUAUAAAGUUAUCAAACCGAUAAGUUAUUGGUCAGAUUUUUGUUCUGUAAAAUUUACAGCAUAGUGUAUUUGUCUUAACAUCAAAAUAUACAAUAAUUUCGUUAUCACAUAAAAACAAAUGUGAUUAUGCAUUUUAAAUUUGUUAUUUUUUUUAUGAUAUUUAAUAAAUGUCUUCAUCUUAAUCCAUGAUUUUAACUUGGAUAUAAUUUAUUUUAACAAUAAUGUCAUUGUCAUCUUUGUCUUCGUCUUCAUAUGAUGAUACUGAUCAAAAUAUGAUUAUGGAAAUUUUAAUUUGUCUACUUAGACCAAGACUAUUUAGAGAUUGAUCAAAUCUGUGUCAGUUGUUAUUAUGUACUGGUCUGCAUCAGUAUCAGUGUAUAUAACACCUAAAAAUUUAAGUACAAAAUUCAAAACUUCAAUUCUAUAAUUAACCUUGAUGUUUUCAAUUAUAAUUUUAAAAGGUAAUACAAGAUCAACUAUUAAAGAUUUUUCACUCUCUGAGAAGUUUUUGCCUCUUUUUUUAUCUUCGUUAAUGUCCAUAGCAAAACUUUAAGAACUUAACAAACUGAACACAAAAAAAUUUAAUUCGACUUCCGUAUAAUUUAUACAGACAAAUAAUUGUAAUAAAUUAAUAAACACUAAUUAAUAAUUAUUCAGUGCAAAUAAUUUAGUACAAAUCACAAUAACAUCACAAUUAUUCACAAUUCAUAAUCUUUGAUAAGAGUUAUAUGUAUAAGCAACCGGAAACUAGGUAAAAUUUUAUACCGUUUCCCAGGUUAAUGGUUUAACCUCAUUAGUAUAAAAUUUUACAAUAUUUUCAUGCAAUGCAAUUCGUUCAAUAACUUGAAUUAUACAGAACCGAUAACUUUAUCCUAUCAACAGUUUACUGAACUGUUUUUAUGCAACCCAGAGUAGGUCAUCAAACUGAAAUAUUUAGUACCUCUUAGGUUGAACGCACUAGGUAUACAUUUUCUACUGAAUUAUUAAAAUUUAAUACACUUUUUUAAUUACAAUUUGUUGAUUAUUUUUUUUACAGUUGAAAAACGUAAAGAAGCUCAUGGAGACUCUGUUGAUAAACAACAAAAGAAAAAGAUUGAACGUGUAGAGGAAAAACUAAAGAUUAACAAUCGAGAUUUGUCAAUGGUAAAAAUGAAAUCCAUGUUUGCCAUUGGUUUUGCAUUUACAGCACUAUUAAGCAUGUUUAACAACAUGUAAGUCUAUUUGUAAUUUUUUUUUUUAACAACUAAUUUUUAUAUUUUAAAUUAAUAAUAUGUACUCAGAUUUGAUGGGCGUGUUGUAGCAAGAUUACCAUUCACCCCUAUUCCCUGGGUACAGGGUUUAUCUCAUAGAAAUUUGACUGGUGAUAAUUAUACAGAAUGUUCAUUUAUAUUCCUGUAUAUAUUGUGUACUAUGUCAAUACGCCAAGUAAGAUUAAUAUUUGAUAGUUUUUCUUUAAUACUCUAAUGAUAUAUGUAAAAAUUAAUAAUAAUUUUUUUUUAUUUUUAAACAGAAUAUUCAAAAAUUAUUAGGAUUUGCCCCAUCAAGAAUGGUCAAUAAACAAAAUGGUAGCUUAUUUGGUCCUCAACCACAGCAAUUUAAAUAAACUGUUAAUAAUUGUAACUGAAUUAUUACAAUACAAUUCAGUAUUAAUUUAAAAGACC